AUGUUCCAAGCGUGGGACAUGUCGCCAGACCGUGUCAUGGCCGUGGCCGGUGCAAAGGGACGAAAGGGAGAUGCGCUGAACUACCACCGGAGACUCUGGGCCGAUGAACUCCACCGCUGCCGUUUGGCCUCCGCGGAGCUCGAGAAGGCCUUGGAAGACGAGCGGCGGCAACAUGCGGAGCAAAUCGAAGAGUGGGAGUGGGCACCUGAGAUCCGGAUUCCGGGAAGGUCUGGAUCUACAGAUAGCCGACUGCAAAGUGUUCAAGGUUUGCUCACUGAGGCAUCAGCAUUGGCUCGGGACGGACACAGCUCAACCGGACAGGUUCCAACUCCAAAGUGGACUGAGAAUUCACUGGGCUGCACCGAGUCGGUGACACUGGGCAGUCGGACCAUGGACUCCGGGCUCCGAAUCUGCAAGCGGAGAUGUGGCUGUGGGCAGUGCUCAAGGCGGCGACUGCAAAGUGAGCUGGCCAAGAAGGAGACCCAAUGGCGUGAGGAGGCGCAGAGUGCGGAGAGUGCGGAUCGCCAAAUAACCAUUCCCGGGUUCAUCCGCGGAGGAGGUUCCGCUUUGAGAAAGCUCACAUAUAUGCGCUUAAGGAUCCCUGCAUGGGUGGCGGCCAAAGCACGCGCCGGUGCCAAAGCCAAGGCGGCGGCCCGCACGAGCCCCAAGGCAAAAGCCAAAGCCAAAGCCAAAGCCAGGGCCGAGAAGCCUGCGCCAGCGCCCAAACGCAAAGCCUCAGGAAGCUCAGACGCAGGUAAGCUGCGCAAGUCUAGCUCUGGCGAUGUGGGCAAGGCCAAAGCGGCGCGCAAGAAGGGAGGAGGGAAGAAGCAGGUGGAUGACCAAGUUCCUGGAGCAGGUGGCUACAAAGUGUACCAGGACUACUCUGUGAAACUGAACCAGACCAACGUGAAGGGAAACAACAACAAGUACUACAUCAUCCAAGUCCUAGAAGGAGGCGGUUCCUAUCACGCCUGGAACCGCUGGGGGCGCGUGGGCGAGUCCGGCGCCACGAAGUUCACCUCGUUUGGCAGUCCUGACCAGGCCAUCAAGGCCUUCAAGUCCAAGUUCCGAGAGAAGACCUGCAAUGCUUGGGAGGAUGCAGAUGACUUCAAGCCCAGGAAAGGGAAGUACAUCAUUGUGGAGACGGAAGACGCGGCCGGCGGUGGCUCUGCACCCAUGGGAAAGCUCACAGCUGCCCAGAUCGCGAAGGGCCAGGCGGUCUUGGACAAGAUCGCGGCGGCGAUGAAGAAGAAAGGCGCUGACCUGGAUGACUUGUCCUCGCAAUACUUUUCCUUGAUCCCUCAUGACUUCGGUCGUAAACGGCCAACGUCCAUCAAGACCCAAGCUUUGCUGCAGGAGCAACAGGAGCUGCUGAAGUUCUAUUUGCGGAUGGGUUUCGAGGAGGUCGAAAGCAGCGCCAUCUCCCCGGUGGAGGGCGUUUCUUGGCGCAACCAAACAUGGGCCGGGGCUUCUUGCGGCGGCAAGAUGCAAUUCGGGGAGGUUCGUAUUGGAGUUGGGUAUGGCCUGCAGCUGAUAGGCGUGCCUACAGGCAGCACUACUAAGUUUCAAGCCCACCUACAAGGAUUCAAAAUUUGUUCCCACAGAGCCUUACAGUAUGAAUAUAUACAGUAUACAUACCGGUACAUACCUGGAAACCCAAACAACCAGAAGCUUGUUGGAAGGAGAACAUGA